AGGUUCUAUAAGAAAGCAGCAGCCUUCGUUCUGCGAGCCGUUGCCAAACACACCCCCGAGCUGGCCCAGGCGGUGCUGGCCUGCGGGGGGGUCGACGCUCUGGUGCUCUGCCUGGAGGAGUUCGACCCCGGCGUGAAGGAAGCGGCUGCCUGGGCUCUCAACUACAUCGCCCGGCACGACGCACAGUUGUCUCAGUCGGUGGUGGAUGCCGGCGCCGUGCCCCUCCUGGUGCUUUGUCUUCUGGAGCCGGAGAUGGCCCUCAAACGCAUCGCGGCCUCCACCCUCAGUGACAUCUCCAAACACUCCCCGGAGCUGGCCCAGACCGUGGUUGACAACGGAGCCAUCGCACACCUGGCCCAGAUGAUCCUCAGCCCUGACGCCAAGCUCAAGAGGCAGGUGUUCUCCGCCCUCAGUCAGAUCACUAAGCACUCGGUCAGCCUGGCGGAGAUGGUGAUUGAGGCGGAGGUGUUCCCUGCAGCCGUCGCCUGCCUCAAAGACCCUGAUGAGUACGUGAGAAAGAACGUCACCACUCUGAUGAGGGAGGUGGUGAAACACACACCAGAGCUGUCCCAGGUGAUCGUGAACUGUGGAGGCAUGGCAGCUGUGAUCGACUUCCUGGGCGAGUCCAGUGGAAACCUGCGGCUGCCGGGGAUCAUGAUGCUGGGAUAUGUGGCGGCUCACAGCGAGAACCUGGCCAUGGCUGUCAUCCUCUCCAAGGGGGUGCCACAGCUGGCCCUGUGUAUGUCCGAGGAGCCCGAGCACCACAUCAAGGCGGCCAUAGCCUGGUCCAUCGGACAGAUUGGACACCACAGCCCUGAGCACGCCAAGGCGGUGGCCACCUCCAACCUCCUGAGCAAACUGCUGGAGCUGUACAUGGAGGCCAGCAGCUCCGAGGACCUGCAGGCCAAAAGUAAGAAGGCCCUGAAGAGCAUUCUGCAGAAGUGCACCUACCUGCCGGGUCUGGAGCCGCUCCUCUACGAUGUUCCCAGCAACAUCCUCAAACACGUGGUCUGCCAGUUCAGCAAGGUGCUCCCUCAUGACAGCAAGGCUCGCCGGCUGUUUGUGACCAGCGGAGGUCUGAAGAAGCUCCAGGAGAUCGAGGCGGAGCCCGGCUCCCCUCUGCAGGAUCACAUCAACAACAUCAACAGCUGCUUCCCCGAGGAGAUCGUCAGGUGUGUGUCUCUCCCACACACACGCAUGCAACAGAACAAGAGCUUCUAA